GAAAUGAGAUUUUCUUAUAAAGUAACCACGAAGUCUCCUCACUCGUUUUGCAUCACGAAAACAAUACUUAUACAUGGAAUCCAUGUUAGGACAGGCAUCCUUCAACUAACGAGGAAGACCAAUAUUCUAGGUUCCUUUUUUAUCAUUGUUAAUAUGCUAAUUCUUUGUGAUGUGAUAUUAAAUGCCAAAUUUCAGAACGCUGAUAAACAUAAUACUAUUCGAGAAUCGCCAUUAAUAGCAUUUUUAAUAUCAAUCAUGGACCAAUUACCAUUUAACCUUUUGCUUUUGGCGAAUAUUCGAUCUCGCCUAUUUAGGAGCAUUCAAAUGUCUGGUUCAUCUCAGAAAAAAACGAUGCUUGUGUCUUUUGUGAACCUAGAUUUCGGGGACACAACCACCGCCAGUAGUUCUCCCACUCGCUUUCUCCUUUGAAUGCAAUUUUUCCAUUUGUCCGAGCAACUUUCUGCUUGAGACUGGGGUUUAAAUUCGCAGCCCAAAAGGGUAGCUACAGACAGAGAGAAAGCAGUGCUGAACAAGCCAAGAAGCUCUGUCUCUCUGUUACCAUUGCGUUGUGUAUGCAACAAAGUUCUGAGCUUUUGAUCUGUGGUAGUGGAGAAGAGCUGCACAAUACAGAAAAAAACUAAAUGGGUAUGGCCAAUCAAGAGGCGAUCCAGCAGUUUCAGGCUCUGAUGGACAAAGUGGAUCAGCCGCUGAAGAAUAGUUUCAAGAAGGUGCACCAGGGAUUUGUAACUGAAACUUUGACAAGAUUUCUUAAAGCGCGGGACUGGAAUGUUGCCAAGGCACAUAAAAUGUUGGUUGAUUGUUUGCAGUGGAGGGUACAGAAUGAGAUUGACACCAUUUUGGCGAAACCGAUUGUUCCUACAGAAUUGUAUAGAUCAGUUCGGGAUACUCAGCUUGUAGGAUUAUCAGGUUACACGAGGGAGGGUCUUCCUGUUGUUGCUGUUGGUGUGGGGCAGAGCACAUAUGACAAAGCUUCUGUACAUUACUAUGUGCAGUCCCACAUCCAAAUGAAUGAAUACCGCGAUUGUGUAGUAUUGCCUAAUGCAACCAAGAAGUGUGGAAAGCAUAUUAGCACAUGUAUUAAGAUCUUAGAUAUGACUGGUCUAAGGCUUUCAGCUCUAAAUCAAAUAAAGUUAUUAACUGCAAUAUCUACCAUUGACGACUUAAACUAUCCAGAGAAGACAGACACAUAUUACGUUGUCAACGUCCCAUACAUCUUUUCUGCCUGUUGGAAGGUUGUGAAGCCUUUAUUACAAGAGAGGACAAGGAAGAAGAUUCAGGUGCUACAAGGUUCUGGGAAGGACGAAUUGUUAAAGAUAAUGGAUUAUUCCUCACUCCCUCAUUUCUGUAGACAAGGGGCCUCUGGUUCGUCUCGUGUUGUUGCUGCUGCAAAUGGAACCACCACCACAAACUGCUUCUCGUUAGAUCAUGCCUCCCAUCAGCAGCUGUACAACUACGUUAAGCAGCAAGCUGAGCUGGACGAAUCUGAUUCACCACCUCUCAAACAAGGCUCGGUCCAUGUAAGUUACCCCGAGCCUGACCCUGAAGAUGCCAAGAUCGUGAAGACGAUAGAGUCCGAGCUCCACAAGCUAGGUGAUUAUAAUGGCCUCAACAAUUCAUUCAGCAGAGUCCGGGUCAAUGGCAUGUGAAAAAAGCUGACACAAGGAAGGAAUGAAUGAACAUUUAGGGAUGCGGUUUAGUUACUGAUUUCGCACCAAAACGGAAGUACGAGAGUGAGAGAUCCAGGCCUCUGCAAAACUUGAGAAAGAUGGGGAAAGUUGUGAACUUUGUACUAAUUAAGGUUAUUGACGGUAUAGCUUUUCAAUUUGAUGCAUCAGCUCGAUGCACAUCUUGCAGAGUAAGUUGAGGGGCUAAGUCACCUGCAUAGGAGAUUGACAAGAAACAUCUCAGGGUGAAAUGAUCUUUGUCAUAUCCCUCUUUACUUUUAAUUAACCCUUCAGUUGGGACCUUAUAUACAAGGAACUACUUGCUUCAGAAGAGCUUUACUCAUUUUGGCACCUUGUUUUGUAGCCAAUAGCAAAAGACUAUUAGAUUUAGGGGAUGUUUUUGUGCCUAAUCAUGGAUCAGGAUGGUGCUGAAGUUAACAAAGCUGUGAUCGAUUACAAAUCAAAGUUUCCAGUACGUGCUGUCAUGUCCAUAACAUAAGGGGCCUUGGUAGAAGACCACUAAUCAAUCAUGGGUGAAGAUUUGGAUUACACGAAACAAAUCAGAGAGAAUCGAUGUUCAGAUUUGGAAGAACUACUUCUGUUUCAAGUUUCAUGGUUUCUCUUAAAAAUAAACAAAAAAGUACACCAAAUGAAGACUGAAUUAGACC